AUGGAAAGAUGUUCCCCUGUCCUCAAGACCUUGCUGAACCGGCUAGCACCGUCAGCCCCUGAACUCGAACACGUUCAUAGACCGACAUACGCGGUUAACGAGGAGCCACCGACCGUGUCGGAGGUCCUGGUCUGUUUUCAAAAAAUGAAGAAUGGAAAAUCUGGCGGAGACGACGAGAUUAGCGCAGAAAUGCUAAAAUAUCUUCCUCCGUCUGGGAUUCGUGAGAUGACAAAGAUCAUCCGUUCAAUAUGGAUAGACGAAAGGAUACCUGAUUCGUGGAGACACGCUAUCAUAAUUCCCCUCCACAAGAAGUUAUCCGCCACAGACCCCAGGAAUUAUCAAGGAAUCUCUGUGCUGCGUGUUAUGUACAAGGUAUUGGAGCGCAUUAUCCUGUACCGACUCAUUAAACAUCGCGAAGAAACAACGCGCGACGAUCAAACUGGCUUUCGUCCUGGCCGAUCUACGAUUGACUAG